AAGGGGAAGGCGAGAUCAAUAAUACUGCAUCAGGUGGUUGAUUGCAGCAGUGUCGAACGCAUUAUUCCAGAGAGGGGAGGAAGAGGGAAUGGCAGGAGAUAGCUCCGGGGGAAGAGGUAGUCACAGGAGCCAGCUGUCGAUGGCCUCUCUGAGGGAGAAGGCCAGCGGUGUGCCUCGCAGGAAGGCGUGCCACUGGGUCGCUCAGUGGUUCACUAUCCCUCAACUCACCACCAAGAUCCUCUCCUUCUGUCUAAGUGUAGUGGCAGUAACUCUGACUCUAACAUGGGAGAGUUCAGGGGUCACAGUCCAAGAUCUCGAUACGGCCACGUUCCAGUUCAGAGGUCGCAUUCUGGCGUUUGUCGUCGUCGGAUGUGUCACCAUUGUUUAUGCCAUCACCCUGACGACUGUCGGACUU